AAGUAAAGCACACCAUUUCAAAUUGUCUUCAAUUACUUGACACUUGACACAAUUGCUUGUAUCUAAGAGAUACAGUCUUUCACAAGGGAUUAUAGCACCACCAAGAGUGACCAGACCAACGUACUAAAAAAAAUUCCUUACAAAAAUAACUUUUGAAAAAAGUAAUCUUAUUCAAAGUCCGCCAUAAAAAAAAUGCAGCUUCUUCGAGAGAAAAAGCAAAGCCAUAGUUACAAGAGCCUUUCUUCGUCUUAGGUUUGAAAGGAUGCUCGUAUUUCAAGCUAAAUCAUUGAUCUCAAGUUGACUCAUAUAACUAUCGGUUUUCAUUGAAAUAUAAAAAUCAAAUGCCGUGCUUCUUCACCUAAAUUGUGUCCGAAUAGCCUUGUCAAUUUCCAUUCCUCUCUUUUUCUCUCUUAUGUAACUCUCUCUCUCUCUCUCUCUCUCUCUCUCUCUCUCUUCAUAUCAUGUCUCAUCGCUCUUCAUCUAUUCGUCGAAGAGGCACAGGAUCCUUUUCAAUGCAUCAUGAUUAUCCUGGCCUUACUUCCUAUCGAGAUUCUAAUGCAGACACCCCAUUGCCACACCAUCAACGUACAGGCAGUUUUCAUAGCUUCUUUAAAGAAGAUUACCAGUUCAAUCCAGCCGAUGAUCAAGAAGAUGUCAAGACCGAUGUCUUAUUUCCUCGAUACAGAGCUAGUGUCGACGAUCAUGUCGAUAUUGCUGCAUUCCAUCGUAUGGUGCAACAUCAUACUCGUAAAAUGUCAGUAGGCACGGUUCCUUUAUCCAAAACCCUGAGCAAACAAAAUCAACUGUAUGGUCCAUCUUCUGUCUUGGCCGAUAGUUAUUCUCCUUUGGAUAUUCGGUUUAGAAUCUACUCUGCUCAAAAGAAUGCGAUUGUCUCAGCCAGUCUACAGGAAUUAUUGACAGAAGAAGGCAGGAAGGCACUUGAGUCUGUGGUUCGGUCCAAAGGUUGGUGGGUAGAUGUCUUGUGUCCUUCGCUGGACGAGAUGAGAAUCUUGAGCAAGACAUUUCAUAUUCAUCCAUUGACAACAGAAGACAUUCAAGCUCAGGAACCUCGUGAAAAAGUAGAGUUGUUUCCCAACUAUACGUUUGUUUGCUUUAGGGCAUUUGAAGUAGACGCUUUAACAGAUAGAAUCAGGCCCUUUAAUUUCUAUUCCUUGAUCUUUAAAGAAGGCCUCUUGACUUUUCAUUUCAAAAAAUCAGAACAUAUUGCCCGAGUCAGAGAACGAUGCGAUCAACUCAAAGAGUUCAUGCCUAUUACGCCUGACUGGAUCAAUUAUGCCUUGGUGGAUUCAGUGACAGAUAGUUUUGCACCUAUUAUCCUUCAAGUAGAAAUGGAAGCUGUCUCGAUUGACGAACUUUCGCUUGUCCUCAAGGAAUCUGAACAGGCAGACAUGUUGAAACGUAUCAGCCGGUGCCGUAAAAAAUCGACUCAAUUGACACGUCUCUUGGGUUCAAAACUGGAUGUUAUCAAGAGCCUGAUGAAACGGUACGAAGAUAAAUCAAAAGAAUAUGCCAUGUUAGACCAAUCUGUGCCACUCAAUCAUCAUCUUGCUAUACCUGGUUCCCCUGGAGGGGAUCUGUUGGAAACCAAAAAGGCAUUUUCAGAUGUCUUGUUGUAUUUAGGGGAUAUUCAAGAUCAUGUUGUGACUAUGGCUCAAAACAUUAACCACUAUGAUCGUAUUCUUCAUCGAGCCCAUACGAAUUAUCUUGCUCAAGUCAAUCUCGAAUUAACACAGACAUACAACAUGACAAACAGUGUCAUGAACAGAUUGACAUUCCUGGCUACUGUCUUUAUUCCUUUAACGCUGAUUGGUAGUUUAUGGGGUAUGAAUGUCGCAGUGCCUGGCAAAGAAUAUCAAGAUCCUGUUUAUUUCUGGUGGAUUCUCGGUGGUAUGGCUGUCUAUUGUACAGGUUGUUUGUUUUAUGGUAAACGUGUCGGCUUAUUAUAAUAAAGAAGUGGCUUGAAUAAAGAAACAUGGUCACACGUCUUUUUUAAACUUGAUGUGUCCUUUCUUCUUUUUUUUU